AUGUACAAAAUUUUAUGUGGUGGCGAAGAAGAUGAGGACCACACAACUGAAAAAGUUACGGUAACAGAACUCGGAGACGAAGGAAACAUACAGCAACCGGAUGAAAAGAAACGAACGCAGGAGGACAUGGUGACGGAUUUCGUGAUGAUCCUCGAACAAAUGAUGAGUCCUCGCCAAUCCGUAACGUCAAUCGUUUCGACGGUUAUCGGACUUGUAGCGAUCAUCGUCGGAAGCAUUUACGUAUUUCAGCUACCGGAUACGGCUAUCGAAGCUAGAAAACUUAUCACAGUUAUGAUCAUCUACGGCUUCUACAAAAUUGUCGCCCUCGUGAGCUUUGUCGAAUAUUCGGAUACCACUUCCGCACUCUACUGUCCACAACUCGUCUUCUAUACAUCACUAAUUGUUUUCGUUCUGCACAUAGUUCUUGUUAUCAUAAGAUGCUGUUGUUGUAAAUAA